UACUAAUCAGCAAAGCAGGUAGAGGAAGAGGGAGGGCCAGAGAAGAAGAUGAUGAAGAUAUCAGGGUCAAUGUCGUUUCUGUGUCUCUUCCUACUCAUCGGAACGUUAGCGCCAUCUGAUGCCGUUGAUGACAAAUGUGCGGCCUGUAAAGCUGUCGCGGAGGAGCUACAGAUUGGGCUUUCCAGUGAGAAGCCUCGGAAUCACUUGGAUAUGCGUCAUCGCUUGGACUCCAAGGGCCAGCGUAAAGGAAAGCUAAUCGAUUACAGAGUUAGCGAGCUAAGAGUCGUUGAACUUCUUGAUGAUCUUUGCGAAAAGAUGCAAGACUACACAUUCAAGAUAAACACAAACACAAAUACAUAUGAAUGGUUCAAAGUGGAUAACUGGGAUAACCUCAUAGCAAAUAAGCAAGAAGCUCGGGCAUUUUCAAAGCAUAUAUCUUCUUAUUGUGGAAGAUUACUUGAAGAAACAGAAGAUGAGUUGGCUGAAUUGAUAAAGAAAGGAUCUGUUAAAGUGGGAGAAGUCAGCAAAGUUCUUUGUCAAGAUUUGAGCAAACAUUGCAGUCAAACGAGUGUAUCACACGAGGCAGAGGACGACGUUGAUGAUGAAGAUCAUGGGGAGCUCUAAAACCCUGGAUAUUAGGGUGGCCGGAAACAUAUGCUUUAAGGUAAUUAAAAAUUAACAGAAGGCAUCCCAAAACUGAUGGUAUCGUCCAUUUUUUAGUUGGAGUUUGGAUGAACUUUUUUCUCAUUACAAACUAAGACUUGUUUGACGAUGUGGGGGAUCGAACUUUGAUCUAGUAGUUAUUAUGACUUCAGGGUUGUUUCAUGCACUCCAUUUUUUUAAAAAAGAAAAGAUCUCACAAAUUAUCAUAAAACAUAACAAA